AUGGGGUUAAAUUGUUGCGUAUGGAACGAUGUUGCAGUUUCUAAGAUUGCAAAAUUGUGGGGUGAUAUAUGCUUCUUGAAGAAAUACAAUGAGCCUCCUUUGGCUUUGAAAAAGGUAUGUAUCAAAACCUUGAAACAAUAUUUAAUUCAAGAAAAAAUUAAAUUGGUUGUUAAAGAGAUUGAGUAUGAUAUAGGUGUUCGUGAGCUCUCUAACUCAGAACUAGAGAUUAUUGAUAGUCGUGAGACAUUGGAUUGUUAUAUUCCAAAGAUUUCAGGUGAGUCUGAUGAUAAAAUUUUCCAUGGUGGUAAUAAUUUUGAGGAUGAUAUUCAAGUUAAUCAAGAAGAUGAUAAAGAGGAUGGAGAAAUUAGUGAUAAUCCCAGCAAGAAAUACUAUACUUAG